AUGAAUACAUCGUUUACUGAUAGUAACAAGUCAGUGCGAUCAAAUGUCUGUCCCCGUUGGGAACGUAAACGUCAAAACGCGCGGGAUAGAGCACCCCUUUCCUCCAAAAAUGGUGGUGACAGAUUCAUCCCUAAUCGAGCUGGUAUGAACAUGGAACUUUCCAAGCACAUAUUUCGAGGUGAUACGGAAGAUAUGACAAUGUCGGAUGGGCCAGAGGGAGAAACCCAAAGUCAUCUUCCAAGCAACCAGCAAGUCGUUCCCGAUGCUAACAAGCAAGAGUACCAAUCUCGGCUCAGUGCAGCGCUUCUCGGUGUCGAUGAUAAAUCCAACAAUCGCAUUAUGAGCUUCAAGGACAAAGCUCCGCAACCAAAGGGGGAUACUGUCAACAACUUGAACGUUCUAUAUUCCGCCGCUAGAUCUGGGCCGCAGAAGAAGUCGAACGCAAAACUAGCAAGUCGCCCGAUUCCUUCUGCACCAAGUCGAGUUCUCGAUGCUCCAGACCUUAUGGACGACUACUACCUGAACUUGAUAUCUUGGAGCGAUACAAAUAUCCUUGCAGUAGCCCUUGCAAAUACUGUAUACCUCUGGAAUGCAGGAACCGGCGACAUCCACGAGCUCUGUACAUAUGACGAUGGACCUUCUUCGCAUAUCUCGUCAGUGGCAUGGGUGCAAGAGGGAGGGGCACAUCUGGCAGUGGGUACUUCUGGUGGCAAGACACAGCUUUGGGAUGUUCAUGCCUGCAAACAGCUUCGUUCCAUGGAUGGACAUACCGACCGCGUGGGUUCCAUGGCAUGGAAUCGGCAUAUUCUGAGCACCGGGAGCCGCGACACGAAUAUUGUCAACCAUGAUGUCAGAGUUUCGAAGCACAAUGUGGCGACUCUUUCUGCGCAUUGCCAAGAAGUUUGUGGACUAACUUGGAGUAAUGAUGGAGAAGUGUUGGCAAGCGGUGGUAACGACAAUCUAUUGUGUCUCUGGGAUGCAACGCAAACAAGCCUCAACAAUCCUGGUCCCAGAUUUCAGUUGACUGACCAUCAAGCUGCCGUAAAGGCGCUUGCGUGGUCUCCUCAUGAACGCCAUCUCCUAGCGACAGGAGGGGGAACAGCUGAUCGUUGUAUCAAAUUCUGGAACUCUCAGACCGGAGCUUGUCUAAACUCCAUCGACACAGGAUCACAAGUCUGCGCCUUGCAGUGGAGUCCCUUCGAGAAGGAGAUUCUUUCCAGUCAUGGAUUUGCUCGCAACCAACUUUGCCUGUGGAAGUACCCAUCCAUGGGGAAGAUCAAAGAGUUGGAGGGACAUACAUCACGGGUAUUGCAUAUGUGCGUUAGUCCCGAUGGUAGUACUAUUGUUUCUGCUGCUGGUGAUGAGACGUUGCGCUUCUGGGAAAUCUUUGCAGCUCCAUCAAAGAAGCACCAGUCUUCUUCGCAUUACUCGGCAAGUGGCAACAGUUCUUCAAAGCUCAGCUGGACUUCGCAAAUUCGAUGA